CGAGUCCGCUAAAAGUCAGUCAACAAAACAAAGAAGUCCUCCGCUGUGGGUCGCGCGAAAGAAAACUUUUUAUCCUUCCAAAUCGCAUGCUUUCGAUAAUAGAAACUUGAUUUAAUUUUAGAUUAUCUAUAUAAAAAAUGAGUGAUAAUCCGAGAAGAAAAAAUUGGAAUCCUCGAUGGAAAAAGCGAAAGAAGCCAGACGAUAAUCAAGGUAACACAGAAGAAAGGACAAGUGCAAAUUCAGAAAAUGAAGAGGAUUCGCAGGCGAAUUCCGAUUCUAAUGCAGAUGCUAAUCAACCGAAAAAACGUAGGAUUGCCAAAAGAGAUAUACCCUGGCCUGGUUGGAAAUUAUAUUUCGACGAAUCCGAGUAUAAAAAGACAUCGCCGAUUCUGCCUAAACUUCGAGCUGUUGAAUUAUUUCUCAAAGAGCAUCCUGAAAUUUUAAUGUCCAGUAAUUUUGAAGUUAACAAGGAUAUUAGUAUUGAUGUUAAUCUUCUAUAUGAAAGUGAAAGUAUUACAGAACAUUGGCCUAGUUUCAAAUCAGAGUUAAAAAAUAAUCCUGAACAUGUAUUGAGCUGUCUAGGACUGGCUGUUAACAAAGUUAAAAAUCACGAAAUCCCAAGAAAUAAUAGGUCUGGUCAAAAUAAUGAAAAUGAUAUAGCUGGUGAUAAUAACGAAGAAAAUGGAAAUAACAGAAGCAAUGAAAAUGAUCAAGAUGAUGCAAAUGACAAAAGUGAACAAGAAGGAAAAGAUGCUAUUAUCAGAGUUAAACUGACAAAUUUUGAACCACUUUUACCUCUAAAAAAUAUCAAAGUUAAUUAUUAUGGAAAAUUUAUUAGUAUAAGAGGAUGCGUUGUACGUGUAACUAAAUCUUGCCACAUGGCCUCUCUAUUAGUUUUGUUGUGCAACAAAUGUAAAAUACCUUACACUGUAAGGCAAAAAAAUGGUAUUUACACACCAAAAAAAAGGUGUGAUAUAUGUGGAGCAAUGAAAUUUGAUACAGAUUUAGCUUCUCCUUAUGUAGAAACUAUUCCUAUGCAAACAAUAAGAAUUCAAGAACAUUUUGGAGAAGAUUUUGAUGAUCAAGGAAGAGUACCUAGAGUGAUGGAUGUAGAAUUAUUUGAUGAUCUAGUAGACUCUUGUGCUCCUGGAGAUGAUAUAACUUUGACAGGCAUAAUAAAAAGAAAUGGAACAGACAAUGGAAAAAUAAAAAAUAAUCCAGUAUCUGAUCUUUACUUGGAAGCUAAUUCACUUGUGAAUAAUAACAGUAAAAAUAAAAACUGUGGUGGAAUAUCCUUGGAAUUUACACAAGAUGAUUAUGAAUGCAUCCGAAAUAUUCAUGAAACUGAAGAUAAAUUAGGACUAUUAGUCAAUUCCUUGUGUCCUGGAAUAUAUGGUCAUGAAAUAAUUAAAAUGGCACUGCUUCUGAGUUUAUUCGGAGGUACUUCAAAACAAACCAAUCUAAGAGAUAAUAUUCACAUAUUGAUUGUUGGUGACCCUGGAUUGGGCAAAUCACAAAUGCUUCAAUCUUGUUCUCGAGUGGCUCCAAAAGGAAUUUAUGUUUCUGGAAAUUCAAGCACCUCUUCUGGUUUGACAGUUACUCUUAUUAGAGAAAAGGGACAAAAUGAUUUUGCACUUGAACCUGGUGCAUUAGUUCUAUCUGACAGAGGAUGUUGUUGCAUUGAUGAAUUUGAUAAAAUGCCAACUCAACAUCAAGCGUUAUUAGAAGCAAUGGAGCAGCAAAGUGUGAGUGUUGCAAAAUCAGGAGUAAUUUGGUCUUUACCAGCUAAAACUGCAAUUUUAGCUGCUGCUAAUCCCAUAGGUGGAAGAUACGAAAGAUCUAAAACACUCAAUAACAAUUUAAACAUGAGUCAACCGUUACUAUCUAGAUUUGAUUUAUUAUUUUUGCUGUUGGAUCAACCUGACAAAGAUAUGGACAACUUCUUAUCCAAUCAUGUUAUGCUUAUGCACACAGGUAAAGAAAAAAGUCUAAAUUCACAAUUCAAUGGAAUAACUAGACCACUGAGCGGGGAACCUAGUACACUUAAGCGGCGUUUGUCAUCAUUUCGAAAUUCUAAUGAAGUUGUACCAAUGAAUAUUUUACGCAAAUAUAUAGCUUAUGCAAGACAAUAUGUUAAACCAAAGUUAACUCAAGAAUCUGCUGUAAUAUUACAAAAAUAUUAUUUAAGUUUAAGAAAAAAUAUGGAUUCAGCUGUAAACAUAACUCCAUGUAAUAGGCAGUUAGAAGCUCUAAUCAGAUUGACAGAAGCAAGAGCUAAAUUAGAUUUGAGAGAAGAAACUACGGAGGAAGAUGCUCAAGAUAUUGUAGAAUUGAUGCAGCACACAGUACUUGGUAUGAAUGAAGGAAAACUUGAUACUAGUUUUAUACAAACAACAAAGACUUCAAAAAAUAGUAUGAAAAAUUUGUACAACUUGAUUAAAAAAGAUGCGUCCAAAAAAGGAAAUCACUUAUAUCCUAUGGAAGAAUUAAAAGAUAUUGCUAAAAAAGGAGGAAUAUCAGAUGCUGAUAUCGUACAAGCAAUCGAUAGAUUAAAUAAUGAGGGAAUACUUAUAAAAAAGGCUAAUAAUUUGUAUAAAUUUGCUGCCUAUUAAAUAAAACGAUUAUUAUUGUUAAUUAAAAGCGUAUGUCAUAUUGAAUGGAAACAUUAUAUAGUAGUAAAAAUAAAUUUGUUUUACUUUGAAA